AAACGGAGGGAAACAUCCUGUCUGUGAUUGAUUUGAGGUUGCUGGAAAACAUGGCUUGCAAAGGGCUACCCUGGAGGGUCCCAGUAGUUCCUGCUCCAACGAGGAUUCAGAGUUCCGGGUUUUGCUCCACGAAAUCUGCAGCGGUAGUAGCCGGAGUUUGACUAAAGAAGAGGGAGGACAAGAGAAAAAGUACUUAAAGGAGGAGAGGGCUAACUGCCUAAGCCUAGAUGCAACAGAAGAUCGAGUUAUUUGAAUUCCAGUAUUAGAACGGGGGGGAGAUUAUUACUAUGAAGCUGAAUGAGCGCAGCGUGACUCAUUAUGCCAUGUGUGACUCUCCAGCAGACCACACUGGCUUUCUGUGCAAGCGUGUGGAGCGCCACCAUCACACCACCUCCUACCAGCGACGCUGGUUCAUCCUCAAGGGCAACUUGCUGUUCUAUUUUGAAGAGCGGGAGAGCCGUGACCCUCUGGGCCUCAUUGUGUUGGAGGGCUGCACUGUGGAGCUUUGCGAGGCUGCUGAGGAGUUUGCCUUUGCCAUCCGCUUUGAUGGUGCUGGGGCCAAGGCAUAUGUGUUGGUUGCUGACUGCCAAGCUGCUAUGGAAGCUUGGGUGAAGGCACUUUCACGGGCCAGCUUUGAUUACAUGAGGCUAGUGGUUAAGGAGCUAGAGAAACAACUGGAACAGGCCCGAAAGAGCUUGGUUGUCAGCCAUAAAUUUCCAAAGAAGUCAUCUUCUGGUUGGAAGAGACAUCUCUCCAACCCCACAAUGGUACCUGUGCAGGAGCACCCUGUCAUCAUGGAGAACGGUUAUGCUACAUGGGGUGAUGGUUAUUCUCUUGCUGGAGCAGUUUCUUUGGACCACAGUGGGGGGUAUUUAAAACCCCCACCCCUACCUCCUCGUCGAAGACUGGCAGGCAGUAAUGCAAGUGGAGUGUCGACUGUUGGCCUUGUUUCCAUUGUCCAGGAAAGUCCUGUGUCUCCAGAGACAGCCUGCUUUUCAAAGUUGCAUGAUUGGUAUGGGCAGGAGAUUGCUGAUGUGAGGAGGGAAUGGCUGGAAAGCCAGAAAAAAGCAGAAAUGUGAACAUGGGGGGAACAGAAUGGUUGUUUGUCAGGGGGCAGAGAACAAUACAUGCCAAGCACACUCAUGGUGAUCUUGCUGCACUUCUCUCUGCCAUGAGAAUUGCCAAAGGUGACCUAUAUUGCUUUCUGGAACACCAUGACUGAUUGCAAGUCUGUCUCUUACAGUUUAUUCCAACUUUCCUCUGCAAAGCUCAGAGUAGUGUAUGUGGUUCUUCCUUCCUCCGCAUUAUCCAUGCAAUGUAGGGUGCUGAAAGUGACCAGCCUACGGUCACCUUAUGAAUAUCACAGCUGUGUGGGGAUAUGAACUUGGAUCUCCCCAGUCCGAAUUCAACACUUUUAACUACUAUACCAUGAAGGCUACAUGCUCAGUACCAGAUCUUUGCCUUCCCAGAGGCUCUAGAAAGGGCCCUGUGCUCCCCAAACCUUAUAUUCAACUUGUACCUCAAAAGCCUUGACAUCCUUUAAUAAUUUACUCCUAGGAUUGGUUCAGACUGGGGUGCCCAAGACCAAAACCUUCCCAAGUGUACUCCUGAUUUUAUUAGUUAUGCAAAUCUCGCUAUGUGUCGUAUCAGGCCAGGAAACCGAUGCUGGACUGAGUUUGUGAUGUGUGAAAUAUUUUGAGAUGAUGCAUGUAAAUCAAACUGCAGAACUGGACAGGACAGCAGAGAUGCAGAUAAUCAUUAAAAACGGUCCUCUUAUUACCCUAUAGCAUUGCAGUGAUGUUAGCCAAAACAGACAAAAUGUUAAGUCUUCUUGGUCAGAACUGAAUAGAAAUUAGGAUUGUACUGUUUAGACAGUUUAAAAGCUGGGUUAAUUAAAAAAAAAUUUAAGGAUCUACAAUGCAAGAACUUAUAAAACUGCAGGUGGCAGGACUGUGUUAGAGAGGUAUUUCUUCCAUCUGUUACAAGCUUGAGGAAAUUCUGCACUGGUGCCUAUUGCAAUAUGUAUGUACAUAAUCUUUUUUUAAAAUCACACCCAAGAGGAAUAUUUCAUAUGCAAAUCUACAGUGCAAUUCCAAACAGAAUUAAUUCCUUCUUAGAAGGGUGCAAUUCUGUUUAGGAUUGUACUGUUAAUCAGUUUUCUUCUGGAGGGUGACAGCCUGGAUUCGAAGAUAAGGAUGUUAUGUCAGAAACAGGACUGAUCUUUUGCCCUGUAUUGUUGCCCUGUUAUAUGGACAGGCUGGAAAGCAAAAAUCAAAUCAUUAGCAAGAAAGUUGUCCAUAUGAUAAGGGUCUUGAAAGAGUCCUCUCAAAAUAGCAGGUUCUUAAUGCACAGAUUCCUCUCAUGAGGAUAGAAUAGUGCAAGUUCAAUGCAUGGAAGCUACAUGCCUUGCCUGUUCACUAGAACAAAUGCUUAGUAAUUUUAUAUAGUACAUAUCAGAUAUUCAAACUGUAAAUAUAUUUAUACAGUGAUAAUCAUGUAUUAUUUAUAAACCUGUACCUGGCCUGGGACCAGGUACCUGAAGGACUGACUUCACCUGUAGAAGCCUGCCUGCCUGCCAAAUGAAGUAAACUGAAGCUCUGCUCUGAGUAUCCUCAGUCUGAGGUGUGGUGGGUGAGAACCAAGGGCAGAGCCUUGUCUGGUGUGGCACCAACACUUGGAAAUCCAUUCCUUGCAACCAAUGCUCACCAGGCUGCUGAGUUUACAGUCCAUUAGGUACCAUGUUACGCUUUUUAAACAAUUCUCUAAAGCUUUUCACUAGUUUCCCUGUUACCUGUUUUUCAUUGAGUUUCUCAUUUAUUCCUUGGUUUUAUCUAAGCAAGUUUUAUUUGAGUAAUCUGCUCCACUUGUAGCUUGUUUUAUGGUAGUGGAUACUAUUAAAUUUUGUUAUGGUAAACAACCUUGGACACUUUUGGUUCAAAGUGCAGGAUAAAAGUGUUUGAAAUAAAUAAUCUCUCAAAUAGCCAGCAUCAUGAUCCCAAUCCUGGAGCCUCUGAUGGUAGCUUGCCCAGGACACCAAGUGAAUUAAUAGCUAAGCUAAGGUGAGAUUUGAACCAGGAAUUCUUAGCUGACACUGACCACUCUGGUGCUCUGUCCCAAAUCAACAACCCAGUUACUUUGGCUGUUUUCUACAUUAUGGGAUCAAGAUUAGAUUAAGGUUCCCGAGGCAAAAUAAAAUAAGAAAAAAAACCUCUUGGACCAUCUUAAAAUAUUAUUGUGACAUAUUUUCAUGGACUAGAAUAGAUGUAUCAGAUGCAUGAAAUGAGUUCUCAGCUUGCAAAUAUAGCUUUUUGAACCUGCCGUUCACAAACCUUUUCUCUUUAUCUAUAUAUGUGCUGAAUGAAGUCAAAUUUCUUGCCCAUGAUGAAAUGAGCCAUGAAAUUUCAUUCCACAAUACCUUACUUUAAGAUACCAUGUGAUUCUCUUUUUCAGUGCUUGCUAUAAUAGAUUAACACCACCAUUCCUCUGAAAGUUACAACUUUCAUAGACUGGGAAGGGGAGUUUAGUGCGGCUCAGCUGUAAAGUAUCUGUUUUAUAUGCAGACGGAUCCAAUUUUAGUCUCUGGUAGCUCCAGCGAAAGGAUCUCGGGAGGCAGGUAUUGGGGAAGAGCACUUUCUGCCUGAGACACUGAGAGCCACUGCUGGUUAGGGGAGACAGUACUAAGUGAGAUGGACAAGUAGUCUGCCUUGGUGUUAUCUACCUUCAUAUGUAUGGUCAUUUAAUAAUCCAGACGGGCAUUAUCUGUACAGUGCUCCAAAGUCAGACUCCUAAUGGUGGUUAAAAACUAACGUUGCUUUCUUAUGAUUUCUUGCUCCAUGCUGCCACCCCACCUCUGCCACAGUAUUUUUCUUUUGGCCUUUCACUAGACAUCAUGGUACAGUUGUCCUCCUUCCCUCAGUUCUGCUUUGGUACAAUCUUUCCUUACAGACGGAACUCAAAGCAUGUAGACAUGCUGAGGAAGCAUGUAGACAUGAAGGUGUGGUUUUCCACACCUCCCUGCCCACAUCUGCCCCCUUUCCCCCAUCACCUUGCCAGGAAUUUUGAUGUUAAAUUGGAAGUAGAUAUUUUACUAUACUGUUCUAAAACUGUAGCAAUCUCCCUAUGACGGAUUUAAAAAAAAACAGCUAAAAUUUCAUGAGGAGCAACUUAAGAGGGUUAAGCACAAAACAAAUUCUUGUAUGAAUCACCCUUAUGCAGAAGCAACUUGUGUAACCUCUCGUAAGCUCUCUAUUCUUAACAUUCUAUCACAGGCGAUGACACUGAUGUCUCAGAACAUUUCAAGUAGACUCAUUUGACAUCACAAUUGUGUACAUACCCGAGGUUUCAAAUAUGCAAAGUUAAGGAUUCAUUGCUGAUCUUCUGCCAUUCUACUCUCAUUCUUUGUUCAACUAUAAUAGGACAGGAUGAGGAUGGGUUUUAAACGUCAUUCAAUCACAACCAUUGGGUUAUGGUUUGUGAUCAUAAAUCGAAGAACUAUAGGUUAGCUAGUGUAAAUAGGAGCUGGAGUUAUUGAUCAGUGUAUACAAAUUCUUGCAUAUCAUAUUGCUUUCUUAUUUUUUAGAUCCCGUUUCCUCUUUAAGGGACUUGCACAUAACUGUUGAGCCAACAAAGCCUUUGUAUACAACAUUCAAGUGUAAGCCAAAGCAGAUGAUAAUCAUAAGACAACUGUUUUGGACAACUGCAGAAUUUAAAUAGGAUGACUAUUUCCAAUCAGAGAAAAAUAUAACCACCAUGGUUCUUUUACUAAGAGAAAAAUCAAGCCAUCAUGGCAAGUAAGGCAGCACUUCCAAAACUGGUAUGAAUGUAAUAAUGUUAAACAAAAUUUUAAUAUCAGAAUCCAAAGACAAAUUUUUCGCCAGCUGGUCUGGAAUAUAUUUGCUAACCUUAUACAGAACUUCAUGCUAUGCUUCACUCCUGCAAUGAACUUAGUUUGCAUGAAAUGUAAACAAUACAGACUUUUAAAAAAAUGCAUGGGUCAUUUUAC